GUUCUUCAGCAGCUGCAAGCCGCGCCGUCCUGGCCAGCCCACGAGGCUGUGCUGGUUUGAGUGAGGCUUGGAAAGCUCCAGCAAGCCCGUUGCAUUAAGCAGCAGCUCCAGCGUGACUGGAAGGCAGAGGCAGAGCCCUCCCUCCGCCGGCCAGCAGCUGCCCCGCUUCCUCCUCCUCCCUGUCCCAGUGCCUGCCGACGUGGCGUAGCGGGGAGGGAGGAAGGAAGGAGCCGGGGGCGCGUCGGCCCCAGCACAGCUCAGCUGCGAAGCGAAAUAAAAAUGUCUGACUCAAGUGAUGCAAUACCCACUGAAGGAAAACCUGAAGUAAUGUCAAUGCUUAGCAGUGAUGUGUUGGCUAAUGAUGCAGCAGAACACAGUGAAACAGCUGGGAUCUUGCAUGGGUCUUCCCAAGAUGAACAGAGACAAGUUUCUCAUAAUACUAGUAAUGGACACAAAGGGGACAUGAUUAUCAGUGAAAAUCCUUUGACUGCAGAAGUAAUUGCAAAUCAGCCUUCCAGUGGAGAAGUGACUGGAAACAUACGUACUGACUGCAGUGAAUCUGUGAGCCUUGAUCCUGAACCUGCGUCAGAAAUGACACCAAAUGAACAAAGCAGUCCAGAUUUGGACUCCUCUCCUAAAGGAAGUGGAUGGGGAGCUUGGGGAUCAUGGGGCAAAUCUCUGCUGUCAACAGCCUCUGCCACAGUUGGUCAUGGAUUAACUGCAGUAAAGGAAAAAGCAGGAGCCACUCUAAGAAUUCAUAAUGCGAGUUCAACAUCUUCAGAAAGCGCACAACCUGCCACAACUGAGAGCAAAACACCAGGGAUCAAUUCCAGCGAUGCCCCAGACCAGAGUUCCAUUGGGGUUUCAGCCUCUUCUCCUUCAUCUGGAUCUCGUGGGAUGCUGUCAACAAUCACUAAUGCUGUACAGAACACAGGAAAAAGUGUUUUGACAGGUGGUCUAGAUGCUUUGGAAUUUAUCGGCAAGAAAACCAUGAAUGUCCUGGCAGAAAGUGAUCCUGGAUUUAAGAAAACCAAAAUACUGAUGGAAAGAACAGUUUCCUUAUCUCAGCUGUUGCGAGAAGCGAAAGAGAAAGAGAAGCAGAGAUUGGCCCAGCAAGUUAUAGUUGAAAGGACAGCGCAUUAUGGGCUGCUUUUUGAUGAGUUCCAAGGUUUGUCCCAUCUUGAAGCUCUGGAAAUUCUGUCAAAUGAAAGUGAAGCCAAGAUUCAGUCAUUUUUAACAUCACUUAAUGGAGAGCAGCUGGAAACUGUGAAAAAUGACUUAAUUGCUAUUAAAGAGAUCUUCAUUCCAAAGGAAUCAAAUAAUGAAGAGGAUCAAGGAAAAAAAGCAGGCAUGGAAGAAGAGUUUGUUAGCAUGCUUACUGAGCUACUGUUUGAAUUGCACGUUGCUGCCACUCCUGACAAACUUAAUAAGGCUAGGAAAAAAGCUCAUGACUGGCUAAAAGAAACCAACUUCUCCACAUCACUAGACUUGGAAGAGGAGCCAGAGGAAAACAAAGAGGAUGAACAAAAGACUGAACAAGGAGGAGAUGGUGGUGAUAAAACAGAAGAGAAGAAAAACAAAACCGUGGAGGAAGUCUACAUGCUGUCUAUUGAAAGCCUUGCUGAGAUAACAGCUCGUUGUAUCGAGCAGCUUCAUAAAGUAGCAGAGCUAAUUCUUCAUGGGCAAGAAGUGGAAAAGACAGCCCAGGACCAAGCAAAAGUUAUGACAAAUUUAACAAGUGCCAUGUGCAAUGAAGUAUUGUCUUUAUCUAAGAAGUUUUCUGAUUCUUUAACUGCCACUGGGAGCAGCAAAAAGGCAGAGCUCCUCAACCCAAUGGUCAAUAGUGUGCUAUUAGAGGGCUGCAACAGCACUACCUAUAUUCAGGAUGCUUUCCAGCUAUUGCUUCCAGUUCUUCAGAUUUCAUAUAUCCAGACUAAUUGUUUGAAAGCACAAGAGUGAAAGUUUCCCAGCAGUUGUCAUCACUGUGUGUAAAAGAAACCACAAACCUAAUCUCUUUAAUGUAUGCAAUUUGAAGAGAUGGCACAAAAGACAUCUGGUCACAGAGGGGCCUUUUGAGGACACUAAAAGCCAUUUUGCACAGGCAGUACUUGAGAAAUAUUUGAGAAAAAUCAAAUAGAAAUUCUUUAACUAGAUGUAGUUAUUAGAAUAGGUAAUUUCUUUUCAAGUUAUUGUAUAUUCUUCACAUCAGUUUAAACUGAUGAAGUGUUUAUUGACGUUAGUAUUGACUUCAGUAUGAAUCAGGUUAUUAAUGUUGACAUUUUCAAUUCUAAACAGUGAUGUCCGAAGGAAAUUUGAAAACAAUGUUUUUUAAACAUUUUGGUCCAGAUGCACCAUUUCAAAAUUCCCAAUUUUAAUUCUCAGUUUAAAAUGUUUACUUUUGAAAGUUAGUUUCUGUAUUUAACCUUCAUUAACUCUCAAGUUAACUUAAGCAAAUUAACUCUGUUUUGAGCAUUCCAAUAUUAUUUUGUCAGUGACAAACUGAUAGUAAUCCUUAGCACUCAUACGGUGCUUUGGUGUUCAAAGAGCUGUACAACAUUAAGCAAACUUCUGCUAAUGAAAAUUAUGAAAAAUAUGCAUAUCAGACAUUAUACUGAAGAGAAAUUGUCUGAGCCAGUUAGAGCACAGGCAAAACUGUACAUGUACUGACCCAUAAUUGUAUACUUAUUGUAUUUAUGCCAGUCCCUUAUCUCUGAUUGGCCGAAAGACAUUAUAGGUCAGAGUAGAGGGAUUUGUAGAGUAAUCAUACUCUACAACUACACAUGCAUCCAAUGAAGUGGGUAUUCACCCAUGAAAGCUCAUGCUCCAAUACGUCUGUUAGUCUAUAAGGUGCCACAGGACUCUUUGCUGCUUUUACAGAUCCAGACUAACACGGCUACCCCUCUGAUACUUUACAACUACACAGUAAUUUAGCAAAUCCCUUCACUUUGGUUGGCAGUUGCCCUUGGAACUCCCAAUCUGUGUGCCCAUGACAAAUGUAUUGCCUCAUCUUCUCAUCCUUCUCCCCAAUCUAUCAUUUCACCUAAAUCUGGAUUUUAAAUACAGUUUUUUUAAUAAGAGGGAUUACUGCUAGGGAGGGAUUGGAACUAAGUUUUCCUAUAAGGGUCAAAGAGGAGGAGAAAGAGUUAUGAGAAGUUUGAGUUGGGAGAGACAAGGCAGGGAGGUCACAAGUUGAAGCAUCUUGUGGGAACAUGAAAGAGGAAUUCUGUGCACAAAACCAACCUGAGAGGGCGGAAAGCACAUUUCAGUAUAACAGUAAUUUAAGGGUUCUUGUGUUAAACUUGAUGAUAUCCAUAUCUUGUGCUUAAUAAAUUCACAGUCUUCAGCCUCAGAGUUUAUUUUGGCCAGGUUAAAAUUAUUACUUCACGGCAGUAGAAACUUUCAGUUAUUUAAGUAGCCAGUUCUCCUGAAUUGUCCAUGUUUAUUACAUUUUUCUAAGCUACACUGUAAUUUUUCAUAUUGAUAUAGUGAUGAGCUCUAUUUAAAUAUUGUAAAAUUGUAGCUAACAUCUGAAUGUAUUUAACCAUUGAAGCAAUGUGUUCACACAUCAUAAACAUAAUCAGAAUAGAAUACUCGGAAAUGUUAUAAUUGUAUUUGUUAGAAAUGAGAAGCCAUGUAUCUGCCUAGGCAUGGUAACUGUAAGGAGCCUAAAUAAGAGCUAACAGAAAGCAGGUCUGUGUCUCUGCCUUACAUAAUGAGGUCCAUAUUCUGCUGUCACCUGUGUAGUGACUAUGUUUAAUAUUUCAUCAUUUAGAUGGGAGAUACUCAUUAUGUAGUUCUGUGGUUUGUUAUGCACCAUUUCUAUUCUGCCUGUGCAGCAGAACUUGGCAAGCUAAACCUGACAUUCAUUAUUACUUACACCAUCUUGAAAUAAUAGCCCAAUACGAAACAAAGAGGGACACUUGGGAAAGUAUAGAAAAGAUACUGUAAAGUGGUAGGCAAACUUACUGGCUGGGAAGGUAGAAUAAAACUCUGAACACUAGCCCUCCUUCCUCAAGGCUUGUUUUAUUUCCAAAUACUAGUCCCAAAACAAAAGCAAAUAAAUUUGAAAUAUUGGGUAUUAACUGCCCAAAUUUUCCGCAGCAUCAUCCAGUUGGGAAGAGAGAGGGCACCCUUCCCUUUGAUACCCCACCUAGCUACUACAGAGAGACCCACACUAACUUCCUAGAACCUGGGUCUCUCCUUUUUGUUCCCCUGCCCCAGAGAGAAGAAGCUUUGUACUUCGUUUCCAUAUACCAGGUCACAGGUUUUCUCCUAGUCAUGUGCCCUGCACUGGCAGCUCCCAAUUUUAAAGGGCACAAAUCCACCAUGGGUGCACUGGGAUGUGUGCAUGCCUCCAAGGCCUAGUGCCCUACUAUGGGUACCUCGUUAUUUAAAGCAAUAUUUUUGUUUAAUCACAGUGUUGUCAAACCGGUAUAUUGUGCAUGAUUAAAAUCCUGUUUUCAUUUUAAAGGGAGAGUAUCACAAAAAGUAAAGUGCCUUUAUUUAUCAGUUAUUACGUCUUAGAUGUUAUUGACUUUAAAUUAGUCUGACCAUUAAUUAUAAUUGAGAAAAGCCUUUCAGUUCAAACUAAACUUAUCAGAAUUGUGCAUUCGGUAUGAGUAAGUGUGAUAUUGCUGCCAAAUGAAUCUUUUCUAAGGAAUAGUUAUGGCAGUUUCAUAUUACCCCUAUGCGGAGGUUAAUCUUUUUGGAUUUAAAAUUGGGCAAGUGUCUCAGGUUUCCUCUGGCGUUCAGAGCAAGAUACAUAUAGUUGAACCUGACAAGGAAACACUGAAGGGGACAGCGAAAAUUGGUUGUCUAAUAAAAAUGUUCUUUUAACUAAAGGUUGAACAGAAUUGUAUGGGAAACCCUAGGGGAUACAGUAAGGAGCUGUUGAGUGAAAUUAUUUGAGACAGGGGAUUUCUUAUUUAAGGUGAUCUUUAGAACACUGUACUACUUAAAUUAUGCAUGUAGUGUAUCAGUGCUUUGACCUUAAAUGAAAAGAUUUUUUUUAAAAAGGAAAUGAUAUAUAUAAUUCCUCGUAAAAUCUGCACAAA